CCGGAGAACCGCGACAAACCCUUUUGCUCUGACUCUUUGACUUUUUUAUGCAAGACCAACCACAGCACGAAACGUGCAACAUCACCGACGUGGCUGUUUCUAAAGAUGCUCCUGCGAUGGAUAGGAUCAUUACCCCUCAACCUAUCACAAACUGCAGUUAAAAAUCAUUACAGAAUGGGUGAGACAAUUAAUUUGUACGGAUUUGCCUCCGUUGUAUCUCCUGAAUCUCUAAAGACAUUUCUGGAGAGACAUACAGGGAAAGGAACUAUUUAUGCUUUAGAGGUUGUGCCACCGAAAAAUGAAAUGUUAAGAGCACGUGCCAAAGUUCAAUUCAUAUCCGCAGAAAGCGCUUGCUAUAUUGAUUUCUUGGCUAAUAAACGUUCCCUGUGGUUUGAAAAUUCUUGUUUGAAGACUUCAUUUAUGGACUACAAUAUUGCACCAGAGCCAAGGAUUUUUCGGCAUAGCAUAGAUAAUGUCACAGUGAACUUUGGAUGUCAGAUUUCAGAGGAAAGGUUUUCUGUUCUCUGGAAGAAAGCAAAUGUUCUAGUAAGAUUUGGUUUGAGAAAGAUGUACUUUUUUCUGUCUUAUCUUUCUACGGAUUUCAAGCUUGUGCUCUCCUUUGAUAACAUUUGGAAGAUUGAGCUACAUCGGCCACGUGGUCAAACAAAAAAUUUUUUCAUCAUUCAGUUACUCGGUGCUCCACGAAUUUAUGAGAAAGAUGUACCUGCUCUCAGCUACUUCAAAGAGGCUACUGAUGACCAAUGGGUGAGGCAAGUUGAUUUUACUCCAUCCUGUUGCAUUGGGCAAUCUUCUGCUAUAUGCUUGGAGCUUCGAUGUUGGAGACAACUUUCAGAUUUUCAGAAAGCCUUUGGCUAUUAUAAAGAAAGGAUAGGAAAGUGGAUUCUGGAGACAGGUUCUAGUUUCUCUUGUAAUCAAAAUCUCGUCUCUGUAGUGAGCCCACCCCAAGGCGUAAACUUGCCAUAUGAAAUCUUAUUUAAGGUUAACUCCUUGGUUCAGCACGGUUGUCUUCCAGGACCAGCUCUAAGUUCUGGUUUCUUUAAUUUGGUUGAUCCACAGAGAGUAAACAUUGCAUACAUUGAACAUGCUCUUGAGAAACUAUAUAACUUGAAAGAAUGUUGCUAUGAACCUUUAAGGUGGCUUAGUAAGCAAUAUCAGGAAUAUCAGAGGUCAAGCCGACUGACUAUUUUUCCAUCUGUUGCCUUAGAUGAGGGAUUGGUUUACAUUCGGAGAGUUCAAGUAACCCCAUGUAAAGUAUAUUUCUGUGGCCCAGAGCUGAACCUGUCCAAUCGGGUGUUGCGCAAUUAUCCUGAUGAUAUCAAUAAUUUCCUUCGUGUUUCUUUUGUUGAUGAGGAGCUGGGAAAGAUGUAUUCCGCAGAUUUGUGUCCACGCUUAUCAUCUGCAGAUAAAGAAAUACUUCCUGUGGAUGAGGAAAGAAGAACUAGAAUUUAUCAAAGGAUACUGUCAAUUCUCAGAAAUGGCAUUAUUAUUGGUGACAAGAAAUUCAAGUUUCUUGCCUUCUCUUCAAGUCAAGUAAGAGAAAAUUCUGUAUGGAUGUUUGCUUCAAGACCGGGACUUACUGCAGCAGAUAUCAGAGAACGGAUAGGUGAUUUUCGUCAGAUACGAAAUGUAGCAAAAUAUGCUGCCAGACUUGGUCAAUCUUUCAGCUCAUCAAGAGAAACUUUACAUGUUAGUAGGGAGGAAAUUGAAGUGAUUUCUGAUGUAGAAGCUACAAGAGAUGGGAUUAAAUAUGUUUUCUCUGAUGGAAUUGGAAAGAUAUCUCAGCAGUUGGCUGAAGUAGUUGCUAAAAAAUGUGGUUGUAAUGGUUAUACGCCUUCAGCCUUUCAGAUCCGUUAUGGUGGAUACAAAGGUGUUGUGGCAAUUGAUCCUGAAUCGUCCGUAAAAUUAUCCUUCAGAAAGAGUAUGGACAAAUUCAAGUCUGAUAGUACUAACUUGGAUGUUUUGGCAUGGAGUAAGUAUCAACCUUACUUUCUUAAUCGUCAGUUGAUCACCCUUAUGUCCAGCCUUGGGGUUAAAGAUGAUUGUUUUAGAAAGAAGCAGAAAGAGGCUCUAGCUCAGCUGGAUGCUAUGUUAACAGAUUCAUUGAGGGCACAGGACGCACUCGAGUUGAUGUCCCCAGGGGAGAACAUGCACUUCCUUAGAGAAAUGCUUAACUGUGGUUACAAGCCAGAUUCAGAACCAUUUCUUUCGAUGAUGUUACGAAGCUUUUGUGCAGCAAAGCUGCACGAUUUACGAACUAAAACAAGGAUAUUCAUUCGAGAUGGAAGAUCUAUGAUGGGAUGCCUGGAUGAAACUGGGAAAUUGGAAUAUGGUCAGGUAUUUGUGCAAUAUUCUGGUGCCAACAGAUGGGAGGUCUCUGCUGAUUCCUUGCAAAUAUCCAGUGGCAAUGGCUUACAUGUCGUUCAGGGCAAUGUGGUGAUUGCCAAAAAUCCUUGUCUACAUCCUGGAGAUAUGCGAGUUUUAAGGGCUGUAGAUGUGCCAGCUUUGCACCACAUGGUGGAUUGUGUUGUUUUUCCACAGAAAGGAAAGAGACCUCAUCCUAAUGAAUGUUCUGGGAGUGAUCUGGAUGAUUGGCUUCUUUAUUCACAGCAAGUUGAGGAGUUUUUUGCCAACUAUGUAGUGAAUGAUAGUUUGGGCAUCAUUUCUAGUGCUCACACUGUCCAUGCUGAUAGAGAACCUAUGAUGGCAAAGAGUGAAUCAUGCAUAAAGCUUGCAGAGCUAUCUUCUAUUGCUGUAGAUUUCCCAAAAACAGGUGUUCCAGCAAAAAUACCUCCUAAUCUACGCAUCAAACAAUACCCGGAUUUCAUGGAGAAAUGUGAUAAACCCACCUACAAAUCCAAGCGUGUGAUUGGAAAGCUUUACCGUGAGGUGAAAAGGAUUGCAUCUCAGGAAAACCCUAUAAGAUCUUUCACCAAGGAAAUGGCAAAGAAGUAUUAUGACCCUGAUAUGGAAGUAGAUGGUUUUGAGGACUACGUAAAUGACGCUUUGUGUUACAGAAGAGAUUAUAAUGACAAAUUGGCCAGCCUGAUGCAUUACUACGGGAUCAAAAGCGAGGCUGAAAUAAUAAGUGGGUGUAUCAUAGAGAUGUCCAAGUCUUUCCACAGAAGGGAUGUGGAGCAGAUUGUUUUGGCUGUUAAUGCAUUGAGGAAAGAAGCACGCUCCUGGUUCAAUGAAAAAAGGAGUGACUUAGACUCUGGUGCAGAUAAUAUAUUUGCAAAAGCAUCAGCUUGGUACCAUGUAACCUACCAUCCUAAAUAUUAUAACGCUCGUGGCCAUUUUCUUAGUUUUGCAUGGUGUGUUUAUGAUCAGCUUCUCCAAAUCAAAAGGGACAAAGUAAGUAUCAGAAGAUCUUCACCCAUGUCUUCCCCGGAGAGUCAUGUCCUUCAUGAACUGAAUGUGAACUAGUUUGCCCCUUAAGUUUCCGUAUGCCUAUAGAAGAACCAUCAUUAGCUUAGAAUGACAAAUUGUGUGCAUAUAUGCUUAUGUAGAUGCAGCGUGUAUAUGUAUAAAUGAGCAUAUAUUUUGCUAUGUGCGUAUGCUUAGUUUUACAGUCAAUUUUACAACUACAAAAGUUAUUUUCAGUAAAAAAAUCAGGUGGUCAUUGUACUUCUAGUUUGUUUUCUUUUUUGCUUGAGUAAUUCAAUUGUAGUUUCUUUCACGGAAACAAACUAUACUACUCUCCCGCAUUUUGUGAUGUAAGUCACCCGGACAUAA